AUGGCGCGGUUUCGUGCUUUUAGUGACGGCGAAAGUAGCAGUGCCUCCAGCUCCGACUCCGACUCUGAAGAACAACUUGUGAAGCCCGCGCGUCAUGUAUCAUAUAAAGUCCAAAAACUUCCUAUAGCUGAAGAGGAAGAGGAGGAUGGAGCCGAAGAAGAAGAAGAAGAAGAAGAUGAUGGGGAGGAGGAGGAGGAGGACGAAGAUGAAGACGACGAAGGGGAAGAUGAUGAAGAGGAAGAAGAGGAAGAAGAAGAAACAGAUUCUGAGUUAUCAUCAGAGAUGCAGGAAGACGAGCUGCAGCUAACAAAGGAUCGGAACUUGGCACCACGAGCUCAAAUAGCAGGUGUAGACUCACAAAGAAUGCAUGUAAUGCAGACGUCUUUGUUUAGGAUGCCGGAAGAGGCAGCGGCAUUGAAAGCAAUGAAUCAAAUCGCUGAUUCUUCGUUCCGGAAGCUUACACCAACUCUUCGCAAACAUGGUCGAGAAUCAGACGGAGAUAUACGAAGUUGGGACACGCGCCCAUCUUUUGCGAAGGACGUACAGCCGACACUAACUCGACCAACACGAAAAUACACGCGGGUGGAUAGCACAAUGUCUGUAGCAGUUGGAGCCGAAGAUGCUUUGGCAGACGCAGGACUAUCAUUCGGAAGGUCUUUCCGCGUCGGAUGGGGUCCGGGAGGAGUUUUAGUCCGACCCAGUUCUGGAACUAUUGUUUUAAAAUCUAAGAUACCAAUGCCGGCAAGUGAUUCGUUGUCGCCAAAACUUCUUCAGCACCAGCUUUCACAUUCACCUAUAUCACCUGAUGAUGGCGGAGUACCCUUUGCUAACCCUUCUCCGGAGGUCCUUCUCUUUUCUUCCUUUUCUUCCCUUUUCCCUGCCACUGAUGCUUCACAAGAAGCAUCUAUGUUCCGACUAGGGUCUGCACUGUUUGACCCACUUUCCCUGCACCUUUCGUCCCAAGCUGCUACGCCGGACAUCCGGCAGCGAGUUAGUCUUCUAACUCGUAAAGCCGCGUUAUCUUCCUGGCUACAAUAUGCUGUUGCUCCUGCAGUGCAGGAGUACUUGCAAACACAUCUGGCGGCGAGCGCACCGGCCAUUGCUUUUGCCCAUCUGACCGGUAAUCAACUCGAACGGGCCUGUGACGUCGCAAUGGACAGUGGAUAUCCAACCCUUGCCACCCUGAUUGCGCAAGCCGGAGGGGACAGCCAAUAUCGAAAUGACCUUUUAGAGCAAUUGGAAAUUUGGACAAACCAGAAAGUUGACACACUCAUCGACAGCGACUUGCGCAAAAUAUACGCGCUACUUGCAGGAGAUCUCACCGUGGACAUUGUCCACGGUCUUGACUGGAAACGUAUCUUCGGCCUUUACCUUUGGUUCGUGGAACCAAUGCACACUCCCAUCGCACAGGUGUUCAACUCCUUCAGAGAAUCAACCGAUGACGGCUCAGAGGACUUGUUGUUUUCUUUAUUACGACUGUAUUCUGAUGAGACGUGCUCCCUUUCCGACAUUUUCCAACCUCGAACUUCCGCCGGUCAGCUCAAUUAUACCAUUCCAUGGCACCUCUACAUCAUUCUCUCUCGAUGCAUGCGUGUAAGGGACUUUCCCGAUCGUGGUGAUGUGCGCCACGACGGUCACGUUUCCAUCGACGACGAUCAACCGGAGCCUGAACCCGAAUUCGAAGGGCAUAGUCCUACUGCUGAUUUGCUCACGAGCAGCUACGCCUUGCAACUUGAGCAGCAAGGUAUGAUUCAAGAAGCAAUCUUUGUACUACUGCAUUUGGAAGGGUCUGCCGGACGCCGUAAGGCCAUUCAAGAUCUUCUCAUUCGCUCUGCACCCAUGUUAGAUGAAUGGAACAUUCGGGGUCUCGUCGGGAGCCUCAAAAUCCCUUUAAGAUGGGUCAAGGAAGCUCAGGCCAUCUAUGCCCUCAACUCCUUCUCCCCUCCACCUGGCCAUAUUGUCUCAACUAAUCAUGAGCCUUCAUCUUCCUCUCAUCCAGCGUACGUAGCUUAUGAGUUAUUCCUUGCUGCUGGCAAUCUCAACCGUGCGCACGACAUCGCUGUCCUUUCACUUGCGCCGGAUGCCGUUAUCCGUAACGACUACGAUCUUUUGAAGGAGAUUUUCUCGCCAUUCGUUCCAUUUUCUGGAGACUCUGAUCAAGGCAGGGUUGAAGGGUGGUACGUUCGGGGCAAAGCAUUCCUUGACUACGCGGAUACCAUGACUCGAAUACCAACCCUAAUUCCUUCGGAGACAAAUCCAGUUGUCGAGGGGCUGGAGCCGGACGCUGUGCCCGACGCAAUGCGAGCGAAAGAAUUGGACGACCUCGUUCGAGGAAUCCCUCGACUAAUUUCACUCCUACCUGAUGUUUUGACACUUGCCCACAGCGGUAGCAAAGGCGGAAGUAGGGCAAGCAGAACGGACGCAGCACAGUUGAAGUUGAAACAUCAAGUGGCUUUACACGAAAUGACUGCGCGAUUAGUGAAAGUUGUAGAUAUGGUCAGACCUAACGCUAUGGAACAAGUUCAACCUCAGCUUUUGGACGAAGCUACAAAGCUGCGGCAUAUUCGCGCUGCUUCAACGUCCAGUUUUAUCAAAAGUAUAGAGGCCGUAUAA